GUAUACGCUUCUAGAUUUACGUCUUUCCGCUUAGUCGUACUUGAGUAAGUCACGGCAGAAAUAACCGUAGUCGCAGUCUUGAGCUCAAAGAAAUCGUAAAAAUGGCUACAAGAAAGAUGAUUGAGAAGGACGAUGCUCUGUUGAAGGAUAUUUUUGAUCUGUACGACACGUCUGGCAAGGAAAAGAUUGAUGUGAACUAUCUUGGACAAUGUUUGAGGGCUGCUGGAUUGAACCCAACCCAGGCUGAAGUCCGCAAAGUUGAACGAGACUUUGGGAAAAACUUGAUGGCUUUUGAAGAAUUUCUUCCCAUAUUUCACUCGGUUUCACAACACUGUUUGGCCACAGAGAAUAAGGUUUCUUCUGAAGGGGUCAUCGAUUGUUUCAAACACUUCGACCGAACAGAAAGCGGCUUUAUUUCUUCCUCGAUGCUACGACAUGUUCUCACAUCUCUUGGAGAAAAGUUAUCCGACGAGGAAUUUGAUGUAUUAGUCAGUAACUACAUCAAUAAUCGUGGAGAGAUCGACUACGAGACGAUGGUCAAGGAAAUUUUGAUGAUAUAGUAAACGACAGUGAACUUUUACUCCUCUAAUAAUUUAAAAACAAAGUUGUAACUUAAAACUUCUUAAAAUUGGUAGUGAAGGUUAUCUGGAACAUCAAGACUAGCGCUAAGUUAACGUAUAGUUUAGAUAAAUCUAUUUUAUAAGCCCAAGAAAUACUUUUCGCAAGAAGUUUUUAAUAUUUUGUGAAUUGCGACUAUAUAUUUCUUAGCGUGUCGUAGGUCAGAACUGUUUUGAGCAAAUAUCUUGAAGUCCAAAAAAUUAAAUAGAACAAUCUAAUGGUUCACUAUAAA